AUGAAGUACUUCCCACCAAGCAAAAAUGCUAAGUAUAGAAGCGAAAUCAACAAUUUUCAGCAAUUUGUUGGGGAGUCGGUUAGUGAGUCAUGGGAGCGUUUUAAACGACUUAUGCAAAAAUACCUUUACCAAGGGAUCCCAAGAUGCAUCCAGAUCAAAACAUACUAUAAUGGAUUGGACGACGCCACACGUUUGGUCAUUGAUGCCUCAGCAAAUGGUGCAUUGCUAGCAAAACCUUAUGCUGAAGCAUUUAACAUCUUGGAGAGGAUAUCAUCGAACAAUCAGUCAUGGUCUGACCCUAGAGCCAUUCACGGGAAAGGAAGCAAGGGAUUCAAUGAAUCAGAGUCUUUCACCGCCUUAAAUUUAAAGAUUGAGAAUUUGACAGAUUUGGUUAUGAGGAGCAUGACACAUCAAAGCACAGUGGGAGCAUCUGCUGGUAAGGCAAAUGUUAGCCACAUCCAAGGGAUUUCUUGUUCUUUUUGUGUAGGAGAGUAUCGUUACAACAAUUGCCCUGGCAAUCCAGAGUCGGUGCACUAUUUGGGAAAUGCUCAAAACAAUGAAAACAACCCGUAUUCCAUACGUACAACUUGGGCUGGAGGAACUAUCCUAACUUUAGUUAGAGUGGAAAUCAGGAAGGAAACAAUGCUGAAAUAUAUGGAAAAUAAUGAUACCACGGUGCAAAGUCAGGCAGUAUCAUUGAGAAAUCUGGAGAUGCAAGUGGGCCAAUUAGCAACAGAUUUGAAAAGUAAACCCAAGGGAGUGCUGCCCAGUGAUAUUAAGGUGCCUAAGAGGGAUGGGAAGGAGCAAUGUAAUGCUCUGACAUUGCGGAGUGGCAAGACAUUGCCUACUGCCCAUCCAAAUGCUCAAGGAAUCCGUAAAGAAUUAAAUCAAGAUGAAAGAAGUGGGCUAUAA